CAGAAAUUAAUAGCUUUCAUAUCAAAAUGUAUACAAAAUGUGAUGAAAAAUAGAACUUGUUCUAUUCCCAUACAAAUUUUGGUAAUAUUUCAGAUGUGAGCAUGCGUAUUGCUUUAAUAAACAGUCAGCUGUUCAAGAACUAACUUCAGUGGAUAUCGACCUUGCUCAUAACCUAUAUGUAAAUAUUUUACAAAACACAUUUUGACAUUGUAUCAACCGCCAAGAACUCUUUUAUGUCGCGAUGUCGUGGUCAAAUGAUCAGGUUUCAUUGCUGAUUGAGCAAUACCAACAGCACGAGUGUUUAUACUUUGUUCAACAUCGCGAUUAUCAUAAUAAAAACCGAAGAAAUGCUGCGUUACAACAAAUUUGCGAAAAAAUGAAUCAAAUACGUCCAAAUACUUCCAUACAUGAAAUCCAGAAGAAAUGGAAUGGUAUUAGAAAUACAUAUGCCAGUGAACGAAGGAAAUCCAUUGCAAGCUCUCGUAGUGGGGCUGGGUCAGAAGACAUCUACAUACCAUCGCUGUGGUAUUACGAAAAGCUGGUAUUUCUAAACGAACAUUUAAAUAUAAGAAAGUCUGUUUCAUCGUACGCUACAGAAGAAAGCGAAAACUAUUUAACUGAUUCUCCAACUAGUCUGUUAGAGGGCGAAUAUGAGUUGCAACCUCAAGGUGAAUUACACCUUAUACGAAGCGGUAGUCCAGUUCCCAACGAUGAUAAUGUAUAUGUGGGAGAAACUGCAACUUGUAGAUCUGCUCGGAAAAAAUACAAAAAAGACGACAGAAAUCAUAAUGUCGACGUUACCGAAAAAGCUUCGAAAGCAUUAGAUAAGUUAACUACCGCAGUGUCAUCGGUACUUGGGACUUCCACAGAAGAUCCCGAUGAAGUAUACGCAAAAUAUAUAUGUUCACGGAUCGGUGCAAUUCAAAGCAGAAAAAGGAAAUUGAAACUACAGCAUCACAUUGAGACCCUGAUUUUUAAUGCCGAAAUUGAAGAAGCCGAAUGAUUUGUAAAUAUGUAAACAAGUGUUAAAUGAA